AUGAAAUCUCCGAUCAAAGUGUUGAUUACCGGUGCCACCGGCUGUUUGGCCUACAGUCUGAUCCCAAUGGUGGCUAACGGACAGGUGUACGGCAAGGAUCAGCCUAUUAUACUGCACCUAAUGGCCAGACGCGUGUCUAUACUGGAAGGGGUGGUUAUGGAGCUGAAGGACUGCGCCUACCCUUUGGUUCGGGACGUUGUGGUCACCAGUGAUGAGGAGAUAGCUUUCCGAGACGUCGACUUUGUCUUUAUGUUGGCCUCAAUGCCCAGACGGGAAGGGAUGCAACGGAAAGACUUAUUGGAGGCUAACGUCAAGAUAUGUGCACAACAUGGCCGAGCUUUGGCCUGUUAUGCCAAACAGACAGUUAAAGUACUGGUAGGCUGUAAUCCCACGAAUACCUGUGCGCUGAUAACUGCCAAAUAUGCAUCAUCUAUGAUACCGGCCCACAAUAUCACGGCACUGACACGUCUGGACCACAAUCGCACUGUCCAUCAGUUGGCUGUCAAACAUGACGUGAACGUGAAAAGGGUGUCCCGGGUUGUUGUUUGGGGCAAUCACUCCAACACACAGUUCCCCGACGUUAGCAACGCCUGUAUUGAUGGACAGCCGGUCCCUUUUGAAGGGCACGACAACAUGCUUAUGGAUACUGUCAUUAAGAGGGGGUAUGCAGUACUGGCCGCACGUAAUAACAUAUCCGCCUUAUCGGCGGCUAAGGGGGCAGCCGAUCACAUGCGCGACUGGUGGACAGGAACCGACGAUUGGGUGUCAAUGGGUGUCAUAUCCGAUGGCAAUGAAUACGGUGUACCCGAGGGACUGGUAUAUAGUUUUCCCGUAACUAUUGAUAGAGAAACCAAAGAGUGGAAAGUUGUCGAUAAUAUAGACCCGGAUGAGAGGGCUGUCAAACUGAUUAAGAUUAGUGCCGAUGAACUGGUGGCUGAGAAACAGGAGGCGCUCAUUGUUUUGCAAAAUCUAUAG